UUCCCAGUGAAAGAAAGAAAAGGCAGGAAGCUCAUAAACGUUUUCCUGUACCAAGCAGAUAUUUUUCUUAAAUAUUCCAAACAACUCUGGUAGCAAAUACACACAUGUACAUAGGUACUUAUACUAGGAGAGUCAUUCAGUGUAAGCAAAUCACAAACCAGAAGAUAUUACAAAAAUUCAAAGAGUAAUUGUGCCAGUAACACACCAGGUUUCAGAAAUCUCCUAACAAUAGAAGGCCUACUUUGUGGCAUUUUAUCCUCUUCUAAUGAGCGAUACAAUAGAUGAGAUGAAAGCAUAUAAUGCAGCAUACCUGCUACAGCUACGUUUUAAAAAUGACUAGUCUGAUGUUCUUAGUACAGACUUCAUGGGUAUUUUUUUCCCCAGCACAGCUUUCAUUUAAGCAGGUCAAAGUAACAGAGCUGCGUUCACUGACAGCACUGCAUUCCUGACCUAGAGAGCCAGACACCCUUCAUCUCGUUAAUUAUGCAAGCCAUUGUUUAGAAACAGUUCUAUCUGGAAUCCAGCCUAUCCAGCGGUUAGGUGGAUAAGUAAGUAACCACUUUACAAUAACAAUCAGCUGUAACAAGCUGACAGACCCCCUUUGGCUCCGGAGGGUUUUAAAAGAUGAGUUUGGCAGCAGGUUACAGCCGAGCCAAGCAAGGGAAGCGUUGCAGUGGAAGUAUGGGAUAAAUUCACCCUGAAGCUGGAAACUAAGAGAGAGAAGUCUUCUGACAUCUGCUUCAGGGGGACCAGGAACAGGCCUUCGCACCGUGCUUUUCCUGGAGUUGUUGACCCAGCAAGGCCUGCCUGUUCCACCACCCAGACAGGCUGAGGAAGGGCCGCCCACGGGCCCAGUGCUGAGGGCCAGGACGCGGCCAUGCUCCCCCCUUCCGAGCCACCAUCCUGCUCCACGGAAGGGGCGAUGUGUCCCGUGUACCUGCACACCAAGAAAGGCAAAAGGCGAAGGGGCAGCUUGGAGGCAGCUGUAGUCCAGAGCUUAGCCCUGGGGGUGACGUGCACAACUGCAGCCUACCCCAGCUGGGUUGUGGUCAGAGUCGACUCGCUCCAUUUCGUGCUGGGCAUUAUUUGUGUCCUUAAUCACAUAGAGCCCUCUUCCAACUGCCACUUCGUGGGCCGUGCAGGACUCGCCUUUAUGAGCUUGACAGCUCUCUGCUGCCUGCUGGCCCUCCUCAGCAGCUGCGGGGCCAUGCUGCUCGACAUCCUGGGGCUGAAGCUGGGCAGGGUGACUGCCCCUUUCCUGCAUGGCCUCGUUGUCCUGUUCACUGCCAUGGCAGUGCUCUCGUCCUGUGGUCUCUGGGCACUGACGAGGCACGGCCUCCGCACCGCAGAGCGCCCACAGCUCUUAGGCCACUCCUCGGUCUUUGGCUCAAGCUUCUACUUCUGUAUCCUUGCUUGUGCCCUAGCAGUCGUUGCAACUGGCUGGAGCUACACCGCCUGGGCACACGUUGAUCUUUCUGUGACCCUCUGCCUCGCCAGCACCAGUCGGCAGCAGACACACCCGGUCCCUGUGGAUGAGCACGACAGCGCUAACAACAUACACUGCUUUGAGACUGGCCUACCCCUGGCCGCAUGCGUUGCCUUCCUCCAGAGGGAAACUGAGUCCCAAGCGGAACCAGGUCUGCCCUCCAAGCAAGAAGGAGCUGAACCCCCAGCAGAGGAAGGUGCCCACCUCACCCACGAGGAAACCAGCCUCCAGCUAGAGGAAGGUUUGACUCCCAAACAAGAAAAUACAUGCCCAGAUGUCACCGAGGAUCCCCAUCCUACAAAAGAAAACUGACUCCAGAAUGGAAGAGGGUUUUUCCCCCAAAACAGCAAAGACAACAUGGGAGAAAGAAAUUUCCAUUUAAUAGAGGAAAAGGCUAAAUGACACAGGCAAGAGCUCCUCUCUUCAUGGAGGUACUGACUACAUUGCCUGCUGAGACCUGCCCACUCAACUAUCCAGACACUACGCAGUAAAAUAUUUAUCCAAACCUUAUGCGUCAGAAUUUUUCAGUAAAAUUCUUGCUUUUCCAUGAGAGGGACUUAAGAUGCUGUAAAACAAAGCCCUCCUUAAAAAAUAAAUAAAUAGUGGUUUGGAGAAACAUUAGGUCAUUCCUUACUUGAAAACAGGAGUAAAAUGUCUUAAAAUCUUCCAAAAGAAGGCAUCCUUCCCAGAAGGGAUGCAGUACUGCAAAGCGAGAUGAAGAAAAAAAGUCAAAAUACUUAAUUCUAAAAUAAGAAAGUUUAAUUAUAAAAUUUCCAAAAUAUGAGAUAUGGUUCUUCAAAUAAUUAGUUCAGUUUAGGUUUGCCUUAGAUUUGUGGAACUGAAACAGCGAAGGUUAAAACAGCAGGAAUUUUGUUACGCUGGCUUUAUUUCCAUACGGGGGCAAUUUUGCAUAUUGGUAUUAUACAGUAGGAUUGUAUUUUAUAUGUUUGUUUUGCAAAUAAGUGUUUUUCUUAUUGUUCAAACAUGGUAUAUUUUUUCUCAAACUGUGUUGCUUCAUUUCAUAUUCCAUUUGACUGCUCCGUACAUCCCAAAGCAGAAUUGUUGCUAACAGCAUUCCUUUGGUUCCUUCGCAUGCCCAGACCUUCCCCAGGAAGGGAUCAAAGAGGAUGCCGCAAGACUGCAGGUGCACGGUACAUUUUUUCCUAUCAUGCUUGGCAUGAGAUAAAAUAUGACCAAUCCAGAGCUGGUGCUAGUUGUUGCUUUCCUACUUUACCAUGUAAAUAACCGGUACAUCUGACAGCAUUAGUUUCAUAGGGAUUUGGGGGUAAACUGCAAGAACUGCCACCCGCAGGUCCCCCUUUACUUUUUACCACCUUACAGUCUCAUCCUUUCAAGGCAGAAAACCGUCUUAGUUGAAAUCACCAGGUUUUAGAAGUUGAUUAUUUAGUCAAAAAUCAUUCUUCAAAUCCUGGUCUUCCCCUCAUUUACAGGUGGACAGAUCCCUGACAACAGCGCUCAUUUUGCCUGCUCACGGUACAGGGACAGGACCUCCAGGUUCUGCUGGACUUGCCCCCUGCCUCCACCUCCCCUAGCAGUUUCAGAACGUAGGCCAGUCUGCGCCUAUCACACAGUUAUUAGGAUUCCAUAAUGCUCACGCAGCUCUGUGGGCUUGCUAAGUACCUAGCUAAAAACUAAACCAGAAAACUGUUUCUCAGAGGACUGAUGUACUGGCUGGAGGAUUACACCACAUCAUCAUGCCAGAUGGGUCAUUACUGAACCAGCUGAUGUGGGUUUGUCAAGACAAUGAUAGCUCAUUUCACAGGAAGUCAGAGAUGAACCUCCACACAGAAUGGGAGCACUCACUAACUGAUCACUGAGAGAUCUGUAAUCUACUUUCUAUUACAGAAAUAUCUUAAAUAUUUUAUUUACUAUUUGAACAAGAAAAAUACUAAGCCAGAUACACAAAUCUUUACAUCCAAAAGUUUCUUCUGUCCUUCUCUCUGAUGUACAAAGGAGGCUGCAACCACGCGGAUGUUCUGUUGCUAGCAUUACAUUAACUGCAUCACAGUGCAAAUCUUUGCAAAUUAAAUUUAGGGAACAAGUUGUAUCUUUGAGCAGAAUUCUGCAUCUGACAAAUUGCUAUGAACAAUUGGCCACUGCUCUAUCUGCACAGCUGACAGUCUGCAACGUGGCCGCUGUGAAAGCAUUAACCUGAGACAGCCCCCUUCUAACCGUGUUAGUAGGAUCUGCUGCAGUAACGACCUGCUAGAGAACGUUUCUGCGAUCUAAAUUGGAUGAAAUAUGAAAAUUGUAACAAAGUUUUGAAGAUGAGUAGCUAGUAAAAAAAAUAGGUAUCCCACAAGUCCACAAACAUAAAAUAGGCAUAGCAACACGGACAGCAUUUGUCUCAGCACAAAUCAAGUCAUCUGGAAUACACUUCUUUAGGGGGCAAACCACUGAAGUCUGUAUUUCUGUAUUUACACAAUUCUAAAAGGUGUUCAUGGGGCAAAAUGCACACAAACAGCAGUUGAAAGAUGAAAACGGUAAGAACAAGUGAUAUAGUUGGAGAAAAUGCAACACUCAGCAAGGAAACGCUUCUUCAGGCCUAGGGUACAACCAAGCUGCAACCUGAGGCUUUGGUUCCACCACAGAAGUCUAAUUGCUGGCUACCACGCUUCUGGUUUGCUACAAGUCAGUACUGUCAAAAGUAGAACACCAGGUAUGAACUGCGUGGUCUGAGCGAAGGGGUCCAAAGCUGUCAGAGUGACAGAUUCCAAACAGUUUAAAUGAGAAAGCAGCAAACUGGGCAUGCAGCUAUGGAAAAAAAAAGUUUGUAAGGAGGGGAGUAACCACCUCAAAAGUUUACUGUCACGGUAUUGCUUGGACAAGAGUUUUAAAGCUUUGUACCGUGAGAGCCAUGCACAGAACUUGAUUGGUAACAGAUAGUCACUGCAAAAAACCCCUUGCAGCUGAUGAAGCACUCAGACUUUGGCCUUGAUUUCAAUGCCAAACCAACUACUAAAGUUAUAUGGGCUCCUCUUUCCAUGCAGAAAAGAUAACCACGGCUCCUGGGCUAGCGAAGUCUGUAGCUGUCCAUGGUAUUGGAGUGUUUCCCCACUCCCCUGCCCCAAGCUCAUGAAGGUCUACGUUUCGAUUUCAUGUUUCUUGAAAGAAGAUUCUCCAUCUCCUCAAUACUCUAAUUUCUGUGGUGACGGAUGAGAACAUGUUGCUACUUUACUAAGGGACCUACGCUAAGUCCACUGCAACAGCAGGAAACACCUCCUCGUAAUCCACAGUGCCCGAGAGUCCAAACGGCACGGACACGCAACCUGGAAGUCAUUUUGUUUCUGGGGUACAGGCAUUACACAAGAUUGAAUAAAAAAAUUAUAAUUCCCCCUGUACUACUUCUCACCCUGAAAGUCUUAAGGAACAAGUUACAGAAGCAGCAGCCCAACCAAGGGAGCUUUCGACAAUAAUUUACAAAAUAACUGAUGAUCAGAAUAGAAUGUAAUUAGUUUAUAGCCAGUUUAUUCUUAUGUACUUAAAUAAAAAUUCUCAAGAUAGAACAACAUUUAAUGUUAAAAACUACCAAAGAAUGACAUUCUUUCUACUGUGAUCUAGCAUUGCCAAUACAAAACCUGCCUCCAGACCACAUGCUUUUCCAUCAAAUUGCAAAGCUUCUGUAACGGAUUUACCAAUAGAUUGCAUUUAGAGCUUCCCACACCUCUCAUUUUCUAGUAAUAGUAACUAACGUUGUUUUAUAGACACUUAGAAGUCUAUCAAAGGUAUUUUCCUUCAAGCUAUUAAAACUGUCAUACGUAGGAGUUCUCUUUACCUUUGGAGCACACACCAAAGACGUAGAAUAAAUACAGGAACCCCAUUUCACAGGAUUUACAAGUAAGAAUGGAAUUUCUUUAUGGAAAUUAAGUUUCCAGUCACUAUUCUGUAGGUACUGAAGCAAUGUUAACUCUUUCAAUGAAGCCUGUGCCUUCCAAGUUCCACUCUGGCAGUAGCUAAAACUUGCUACUACUAGGAGUUUGUAAACUUUACACAUUUUCUGCUACUAAGUUUCCUUUCAUAAAGUCUAUUUGAUCCAGAUGCAUGACUUCUGUAAUUGUUUCCAGCAUUGUGACCAGCAUUCCUGCCAGUAAUUUGGUGACACGCAGAGUUGAGGAAACAUUUAUAGUUAAAAGUGGCAAAGAGUCUGCAAGUAUUAAUAUGAAGACAUUCUUAAUUUUAAAACAGCUGAAGCAAUUCAGUAAGUUAUGCAAUAAACUGUGUGAUAGGAGUUGUUAACAAAUAUAUGCAGAUUUCUUCACUGUCAGUUAGAAAAAGGCACCCCCCCCUUUGUUCCUGGCACAUUCGCUGUUUUCAGGAGGGUUUUGAAAUUGUGCGAAAGCAGAUUGCUUGUUAGAGAGAAGCGAUCAGGGUCUCUUGCUCAGGACCAAGUUACCUUAGCUGCCAGUUAAUUUUGCUUGACAUCCUUUUACAUUGCUUGGUAGCUUAACACACUACCCAGAAGUUGUUUUAAAAUAGCAAGACCAGCCCAUUCCACUACCCAAACAGCAGAAAUAGACAACUUACUGGGAACACUCGUGAUCCACCCAAUGAUACAGCUGUACGAAGGAAAGAUGAACGGUAUUUCUCUGCUCAAGCUCCAUGUCUCCAGUGAAUGGCUCUCCUAUGCUGAAACGCCUCACACAAUCAGGGACUAUUCCACAUCCAGUAGUGGGAGAGAAAGAAACAGGGUCAGCUUCUCUUGAGCUAUUUGUUCAGAUUAAAUUUAAUAUUCUUCCCUUCACAGAACUCUUCCUCCUGGCUAAGUCAGCUAAGUCCAGUCCUAAAACCCCAGGAGAACUAUUUGGUCUUUGGAGUAAAUAUUCUACCUGGAAUCAUUUAUACUAGGGACUAACUUUUGACCUUUUAACGUUUCAGGGUCUUUUUUUUCCUCCUCUCCAGCUCUCUACUAUCUUAAGUUCAACAUAAAAGCCAGUUUUCUACUUCAAAAUACUGACAAGGCAGAUUAGUGUACAACCUCACCUCUGCACGUCUGGUUAUUUAUAUUAGAAUUGAACAGUGACUAAGAAGUUAUCAACUGCACGAUUACAGACUCUAAUUAUCACAGAGCAGCAUUCUGCUAACAGACAGCUUGAGAAGCAUACCCAAAAAAAGAAAAAGUUCCUUCUGAGUUCCUUCUGCAGAUGAAGCAUUUCCACCACUCAGUAAAGUCAGAAGCUAAAACGUAUCCAACAUCACAUGAAAGCAGAGAAUUAACCUGGGACUCGUAUCACAGCAAUGCCAAGUUGUACCCUUAAGUAACUCUGCCUUGCUUUUUAUUUUAAAGUCUUUGUCAUCCUGACCAGGCUCCUAAAAGUGAACCUUAAGGUGAAGUUAUUCCUUGUUUGUAUCCCAAACAUCCCAUGCAACUCCCCUUUCCCCAGGAAUUUAAUUACCUUACACAGUAACUUUUGGGGAAAAAAUGGCAUUAUAAUUUCAUUUCAGCUUUGCUGCUGAAGAACUCUGUACGCUGCCCCCUUGUGGAUGCAGGAAUAUUGAAACUUCCAAUAAUUUGGCGUAUUAGCAAGUCCAGCAUCUGCUGUGAAGCAGGUGACAAGAAUUUCCUGCUUUUUAAAACAAAAGCAAACCACUAUGACAGCACUAUGUAAGAAAGGACAGGCUGUAGGUAGCACAGCAUUGGGUUAAAGUAAACCUAUUUAAGUAUGUAACAUCUGAGGAAGCGUCAGGAGGAAGCAUUUACUGCUCUAUGACCUUGCCACAGUGUUGGUUGAUUCUUCCCCCUCCAGUUUCAAACACACAAAUUGCUACAAACAUCUGUUUUUCUCUUACUCCAAGAACAAGGGUCUCUAACAAUGCAGCAAUUUUCUCCAGUACAUCCUUCAUAGGCAGUUUAGUGUGAAGUUAGUAAAAAGAGUAAUUUUACUUACAGUGCAUCAGCUUCUUUUAAAAAAGUCACUAUACCAAGUUAACCCUUCGAGGAAGUAAAAUGGUUACUUUGAUUUUACUAUGUAAUUAGGUAAAGUAGCAAUCUAUACCAAAAAAUAUUUCCGUCAAGCCUAUGUAACACACUGCACUACACUAUGCUUGGCAUGUAAAAAACAG